GAGCAACGAGCAAACCGGCCGUGGGACGCCGCUCCUGGACACCAAUCUCCAAAAAUUCCCCAUUCCGCCAUUCGACGCCGCGCCGCCCCCGAGCCCCCGUGCCCCCGUGCCGUCCGGCCGUCCGCGUCCGCCUCACAGGCUCACACCGUCGCCACUCGCCCCGCGUGCCGGUCUGCCGGAGCUCCCCGUCCGCGAGAGGCGAGACCGCGCUGCGCCGCUGCCGUGGCCGGUGGGGUAGUGGCGGAGCCGCGGAGAGACGGGAGAACCCGUAGAAAGGCCGCGCUGCCGGAGCUCCCCGUCCGACCGUCCGCGAGACCUCGCUGGCGCUGCCUUGGUGGAGGACUGGAUCCGGACUCUGGAGGUUCAAGGCGUCGCCGUCGCGGCCCCUCCAGGACUCGCCACUUUUCAGCUUCAUCAAUAGUCUGUCUCCGUUUCCUCCAUCUUCACUUCUCCUCACGACAAUUUACAUAAGGAACCGAGGCUUCCAAAGAAGUUUGCAUCUCGGAGGCUGGGGAAAUUUUAUGGUGUAUCCUGAUGAAGGAAAGCACCGUGCAAACUUUGCAUCUAGGGUGACCUUAUUUCCAACACAAUGGAUGGGCAACGAAGAAAGCACAGGAUAUUGAUGGUGUCUGACUUUUUCUUCCCAAACUUUGGUGGGAUAGAAAGCCACAUCUACUAUCUGUCGCAGUGCCUGCUUAAGCUCGGCCAUAAGGUUGUUGUCAUGACACAUGCGUAUGGAAACCGAUCUGGAGUACGAUAUGUCACAAAUGGUUUAAAGGUUUAUUAUGUACCAUGGAGACCAUUCCUGAUGCAGAAUACGCUGCCUACAUUAUUCUUGACAUUUCCAAUUGUAAGGACCAUUAUUAUUCGUGAGAAGAUUUCUAUCGUGCAUGGACAUCAGGCUUUUUCAACACUGUGCCAUGAAGCAUUGAUGCAUGCUAGGACGAUGGGGUACAAAGUUGUCUUCACAGAUCACUCACUUUAUGGUUUUGCUGAUGCUGGAAGCAUUCACAUGAAUAAGGUGCUGCAGUUUACUCUUUCUGAUAUUAAUCAGGCAAUAUGUGUCUCUCAUACAAGCAAAGAGAACACUGUCCUGAGGUCUGGGAUAUCUCCGGAGAAGGUUUUCAUGGUUCCUAAUGCAGUUGAUACUGCAAUGUUUACUCCCUCUCCCAAGCGUAUAAGCUGUGAUGAAAUAGUUAUUGUUGUGAUCAGUAGAUUAGUAUAUCGAAAAGGUGCAGACCUUCUUGUGGAAGUCAUUCCAGAAGUGUGUUGUCUAUUUCCCAAGGUACGCUUUAUUGUUGGAGGUGAUGGUCCAAAACGUGUGCGACUUGAAGAGAUGAGGGAGAAGUUCUCCCUUCAGGAUAAAGUUGAAAUGUUAGGAGCCGUGCCUCAUGACCAAGUGCGAUCAGUUCUGAUCUCUGGUCAUAUAUUUUUGAACAGUUCACUUACAGAGGCAUUUUGCAUAGCCAUUUUAGAAGCAGCGAGCUGUGGACUGUUGACUGUAAGCACUAGAGUUGGAGGUGUCCCAGAGGUUCUUCCAGAUGACAUGAUAGUACUCGCAGCACCAGCUCCAGAAGAUAUGGUAAGAGCUGUCAAGAAAGCUAUCGACAUGCUACCUAGCAUAGAUCCCCAAGUUAUGCAUCUUCGGAUCAAAAAACUGUAUAGUUGGGAUGAUGUGGCCAAAAGAACAGAGAUUGUUUAUGAUCGUGCAAUGCAGUCCUCAACAACUAAUAUGCUAGAUCGCCUUCCCCGAUAUCUCACAUGUGGAGCUUGGGCGGGAAAACUGUUUUGCCUGGUUAUGAUCAUCAAUUACCUACUGUGGCAACUUCUAAAAUUCCUACAGCCUGCUGAAGGUAUUGAAGAAGUCCCGGAUAUAGGGCCACUACAUGCUCAUUUAGAUUCAAGAGAUGAUUUGUGCGAAGCUCAAGAAAAGUGAAUUUAGAUUUUGCCAGAUUUUCAAACGGUUGGAGUUGCAGUCAUGGUAUCUUAUGCUUGUCAGCAUUAGCAUUCAUUCUGAUCCACGUACAGGGUAUACCUUUAUAAUUUGAUCCUACUAAGAAAUUUCCUUCGAAGUUUCUUGCUCCUAUAGUGGUAACUGAGAGUGGACCACCCCUCAUUUUGAAAUUUCUUGUCAUGUUGGUUAAAGCUGUGGUCUGAGUUUGUCAUAGCCAACUCCACUGUUUUUUCACGAUGUAAGUGGAUGGUCCACGUCCUUAUCUCCGGCAUUAACAUACACACAAGUAUUCAUUGGACCACGGAUAUGCACUCUUACCAUCAGAUUGAAGUUAUAGCCAGCUAUUGGCUCUUGGUGCGCACCAAAAGCAUCACAAAAUCAUUGAGAUUGAGUGUGGAUCACCAUGUUGUAAUAAUACAUUCUGAUAUCUUGCUUCAUGAUGCGAUCGGUCCAAUGAUCUGGUAGAUAUCUUUCAUGUCGCUGUGCCAAUGCGUCAUGCAAAAUAACUAUGUUUAUGUUGCGUGCAAGGCACAUCAGAAUGUGUAGUUUGGUUUAGUCUUCUGGUUAAUUCCCAUCAUUGAUGCAUGAACACAAGCUGCACGGCUGGAGCUGAUAAGGUGUAUCAAACGGUUCGUAAAUCGUAAGGCCCUGUUUUGUAACGCAUAAAUUUGAUCC